AUUUAUUUAGCAACUUAGCAAAUCAAACCCUAGUAAUAUUAAAGACCGAAUUGGGCCACAAACAAAGUCUUGUUUAGAUGCCACAAAAAGCCUGCACUUGUCUGACUGCUUUGUUUUAAUAUUCUUGCUGAUUGAAGAAUUAAAAAACAAAAGCGGGAUCACCGGCAACGUCUUAUCUGUUUACUUUUGGACAAGCACAAACAGCAGUAACCGAGUGGGCAGACAUCACAGAGCGUGUACUUGUCACCAUAGGAAAGAACUCACUUCAGCAUGGAAUAUCUAUAUUUUCUACUUCUAUGCACAUUUUUGUCCACUGUGACUGCACAAGAAAACGAUGUAUGUGUGAUGCCCGAACUGGGUGACCACGUUGAAGCUGUCGAGCAGCAGAUGUACUUUAGCCCCGGUACAGUGUUACCACUGGCCUGCGAACUGGGAUACACAUCCAUGUUGGGCCCCCGAACAAUUGUAUGUACAGAGCAUGGAGAGUGGACGAAAACCCAAUUCAUGUGCAUUGCAAAACGAUGCCCUUAUCCAGACGCACCGCUCCAUGGAAAAACAUACUAUGAGGAUACGGUAUACAAGAGUACAGUCAACUACACCUGUCAUGAGGGGUACACCUUGUCUGGACCCAACAGUGCUAAAUGCCAAGCUAAUAGAACAUGGAGCACAUCAAAACCGGAGUGCAAACCUGUGUCUUGUGGUCUCGCUCCAAUUCCAAAGUUUGGUCUUAUCAUUUAUAACAAAAAUAUCAAAGGCAACACUACUUAUUUUGGCAUCCAUGGGACAUAUAAGUGCCUGCCUCCUUACGCCCUCUUUGGAAACGCACAUGCAGAGUGCACAGCUAAUGGCAACUGGACCAAGACACCUGAAUGUAAAGUUGUCACAUGUCCUCCACCAGAGAACAUUGCCAAUGGUUACAUGUCCACCACCAACAGGAAGUACUACUACUACUUGGAGAUAGUCAGGUAUGGCUGCAAUGGCGACUACGAGCUGGAAGGAAGCUUCCAAACUGUUUGUCAGAAGGAUGGAGAAUGGUCUGAAAAACCAGUCUGCAAAGCCCCUUGCAGCAUUGACAUAAAAAGAGGAAGAAUAUUGUACAAGGAACAAAAACUCUGGAUUGAAGCCUUCCAGCCGAACAGAGUCCUCCAUGGUGACAUAGUCUCAGUCUACUGCAUGGAUAAAGCCAGGAAGUGUGGCUAUGCCGUGUCAAGCCAGUGCACUGAUGGGAAACUCAAAAUCCCUGAAUGCUAUGAAGAGCCAAGCAGCACUGAUUAUGCCCUUUAUUCAGGUUCACUUCCAUCUGAAAUAGAACAGUGCUACGACGACAGCAGAGUCCUUCUGUAAUACCACAAUAUUACUCUGUUGUCUCCUGUUUGACUUGCUGUCUUCUGCAACCAAAUUUAAUGGUUCUUCAUUCACCUCAAUAAAAUACAAAUACCUCAAAAGCAACUGCAUCAUCUUACA